UAGAGGCAGAGGAAUGGUGCAAACAUCUUUGCAUGGAGUGUCUAGGAACCAGGCUUAAUGAUAUAAGUCUUGGGGAACCAGAUUUACUUGCUGCUGGAGUCCAGAGAGAACAAAAUGAACGAUUCAAUGUAUAUCUUAUGCCUACACCAAAUUUAGAUAUCUAUGGGGAAUGUACAAUGCAGAUCACACAUGAAAACAUCUAUCUCUGGGACAUCCACAAUGCCAAGGUCAAGCUGGUCAUGUGGCCUCUGAGCUCUUUGAGGAGAUACGGACGCGACUCAACAUGGUUCACAUUUGAGUCUGGAAGGAUGUGUGACACAGGAGAGGGGCUGUUCACCUUUCAGACACGAGAAGGAGAAAUGAUAUAUCAGAAAGUCCAUUCUGCAACACUGGCAAUAGCAGAGCAACAUGAAAGAUUAAUGAUGGAAAUGGAGCAGAAGGCAAGGCUCCAGACCAGUCUGUCUGAACCUAUGACGUUAUCCAAGUCGAUCUCACUUCCUCGUAGUGCAUAUUGGCAUCAUAUCACCCGGCAGAACAGCGUUGGAGAAAUCUACAGUUUACAAGUCUGGCUUUUCUCCAAGAAAUUCAAAAUUAAGAAUUGCUUUCAAUCACCCCAGUUGUAUUUGAGUCUG